AUGAUCGUGCCCAAUCCUUUGCAAAAACAAGCGCCUUCGAAGGGAAUGAUCUCCGUUGACGGAAUGUUAUAUUGGAAAACCGCAGUAACGUACCUGAGGUCGGGCCCGACCAAAGGAUGUUGAACAUCAGAAGCUGAAGGAUAAGGUGCUAAGGUGGGUACAAUCAUGUGACUAGCCCUAAGAUCUCCAAUUGCGCUAAAUUAGCUCGAAAAUUAAGCGAGGUUGACCACCAUAUUUUGAAGCUUCAAUCAACGGAAUUUCCUUUCUCUCCCUCACCACACCAACUCACAUACAAACUUACAGUCAAUAUGUAAGUUUUAAUUCCUCUAUUCCUCCUUUAAUUGUCGUCAAGAAUCAUUUCAUGCUCUUGAAAGCUCUUGAAUCAUCACAAUCAUACAAUUACCCCUCAUUUUCAUGAAAACCACCCGUUUUACCCCUCUUCUCCAUUCACGACACUUUCACAUCAACUUCAAGUUCUUAUAGCUAACAACUGCCUUUAGGAGAGCCAAGUGGCGCAAGAAGCGCACUAGGCGCUUGAAGCGAAAGCGCCGCAAGACUCGUGCCAGAUCGUAAGUUUGCAUCUCCCUCGUUUGCUUCACGUCGAAGAUUUGCCUGUAGGCGGUCUUCGCUGUGGGGUAAAUUCCUAUGGUGAACAUUUACUGAUCCCUCUAUAGCAAGUAAACAACUCAAAACAACUCGAUCUCGAUUCCCCUUACCUCUCGAAUCAUAACAUCAUGACAACUUAACCCUUUUCGGAUGCGCCAUCUCUCGCACCAACGUCUUCACCUUUUUCAGCAUUUCAGUAUUCACCAACAAGUUCGGAGUUCGCGCUUCGUUCGUCGGCGGCUGGGUGUUCAAGGAAAGAGCAGCAUGGUGACGCACAUCCAAUAGCAAAUGGUGGAUGUUUUUGAAAGGAAGCAGGAUCGGUCAACAAUGCUAUGUCGAUUUGUUCAUUGAGGGUUUAUAAACCAAGAAGCUAUGGGAAAGAAGCUGCCUUUGAUGCUAAAUGCCUUUAUGACUUCAAACCUGAUAGGAAUGAAUAAAAAAACUGAAGUUC